CUCGGGUACCAGCGGGCCGGAGAACGCGGCGGGCCACCCGGCUCAGCCCGUGGAUGUUGACCGCCCCCUCGGAGAGACCCCGCAGACAUGGCGGAGAGCUGGCUGCGCCUCUGCGGAGCAGGGCCCGGGGAGGAGGCCGGGCCGGAGGGCGGCCUGGAGGAGCCGGACGCCCUGGAUGACAGCCUGACCAGCCUGCAGUGGCUGCAGGAAUUCUCCAUUCUCAACGCCAAGGCCCCCACCCUGCCCCCGGGGGGCACCGACCCCCACGGUUACCACCAAGUGCCCGGCUCGGUGGCGCCCGGGUCACCCCUGGCGGCAGACCCUGCCUGCCUUGUGCAGCCGCACACACCCGGCAAGCCCACGUCGUCGUGCACAUCUCGAAGCGCUCCCCCAGGGCUGCAGGCCCCGCCCCCCGACGACGUGGACUAUGCCACCAACCCGCAUGUGAAGCCACCUUACUCGUAUGCCACUCUCAUCUGCAUGGCCAUGCAGGCCAGCAAGGCCACCAAGAUCACUCUGUCGGCCAUCUACAAGUGGAUCACGGACAACUUCUGUUACUUUCGCCAUGCGGAUCCCACCUGGCAGAAUUCCAUCCGCCACAACCUGUCCCUGAACAAGUGCUUCAUCAAAGUGCCUCGAGAGAAGGACGAACCUGGCAAGGGGGGCUUCUGGCGCAUUGACCCCCAGUAUGCAGAGCGCCUGCUCAGUGGGGCCUUCAAGAAGCGGAGGCUGCCCCCAGUCCACAUCCACCCUGCCUUCGCCCGCCAGGCCUCACAGGAACGCAACACCGCCCCCUGGGGUGGGCCUCUGACCGUGAACACAGAGGCCCAGCAGCUGUUGCGAGAGUUUGAGGAGGCCACAGGGGAGGGGGGCUGGGGCACGGGAGAGGGCAGGCUGGGGCAUAAGCGAAAGCAGCCGCUGCCUAAGAGGGUGGCCAAAGUCCUGAGGCCUCCUAGCACAUUGCUGCUGACCCAGGAGGAGCAGGGUGAGCUGGAACCCCUAAAAGGCAACUUUGACUGGGAGGCCAUCUUUGAGGCUGGCACUCUGGGCGACGAGCUAAGCUCACUGGAGGCCUUGGAGCUAAGCCCCCCGCUGAGCCCCACCUCGCAUGGAGAUGUGGACCUCACGGUCCAUGGCCGCCACAUCGAUUGCCCUGCCACCUGGGGACCUCCAGCGGAGCAGGCUGCUGACAGCCUGGACUUCGAUGAGACCUUUCUGGCCACGUCCUUCCUCCAGCACCCCUGGGAUGAGAGUAGCAGUGGCUGUCUGCCCCCAGAGCCCCUCUUUGAAGCAGGGGAUGCCACCCUGGCCGCUGACCUGCAGGACUGGACCAGUGUGGGUGCCUUCUUGUAAGCGGUCAGGCCCCACCCCAUCUCCGGACAGUGCCCAAGUCGGGGCCCAGAACUGCCUCCCAAGAUAGGCCCAUGGACAUCUCAGCACCCAGGCAGGGACUGGGCCAGGUCUCUGAAGGCUGGCUCCAUGAGGCCACACUGCUGCCAGCUGGGAAUGUCCUCAUAUCCAAGCCCAGAAGACUGGGAACUGGGGGCCCAGGACCAAAAUUGCUGCCUCCCCCUCAUCAGCAACCCCCAUACACACAGUGUUUCAUUGACCCAUGCUCCCCCAAGCCCAAGAACUGGCAAAGGCACGCCCCGGCCUCUCUACACUGUGUCACAGAAGCCUGGAGGGGCCUGCCAGGCCAGGGAGGAACUGAACAGGGCCUUUCUCAAAGCUCUGCUUCGUCUUACCCACUCCUGCUGCUUCCCCGGGUGGGCCUCUACCCAGAGAAAGUUCCCAGGUACAACAAAUGCUAAUUAGAUGACAGCAAAUUAACCCCCUAGAGGCCCCUCCCGGCAGAGCUUCCCCAGGGGCCCUGGCAGCCUUGACUAGAGAGAGCGGUGGCAGGGGACUGGGGAAAGGAACCAAGAGGAGGCAGAAAUAGGGAGGGUGCAGAAAGGUGUGGCAGGACGGUCCGUAUGGCCUCUGGGCCUUUUCCCUGGCCCAUCCCCGGCAGAGAGGAGGCUGCAAACCUUUGAGGCUGACUUGAGGCUGAGAG